GGACUUAGUCUUGAGACAUUAUAACUCGGUUUUCAUGGAGUCAGAGAUGAUAGUUGAAUCGGUGGUGUCUUUACCUGAGCAAGAGAGGGUUGAUAGCCAGGAAGAAAGAUUAGAUAGACGGGAACGUCUACAGAGGAUGGGAGAUGAUGAGCAGAAACGUGGACAACGUUUUUUUGGGACGUUAAUGGGGACGCUGGGAAAGUUUCAAAAAGAGUCAGUUUUUCUCCAAGAAAAGAAUGCUAAAAGGGCGGAAAUUGAAGCGAGACUUGCAGAAUGUAUGCGUAAAGAGAAGGAGGAGGUUGAGGAGCGAGUUAGAAUUGAAAAAGAUGAAAAACAACGAGCAGCAGAAAGAAUACGUAAAGCGAGUUUAAGGGAGUUUGAGAAGCUUUCGUUGGAAACGUAUUAUAAAAAUAAGAUUGCAUCAGCGCGUGCUUUAAAAACGACUACAUUACCGGUAUUAUUUUAUCAGCCGUGGAAACUUUCAUCUAAGGAGGAAGAAAGGGCUAAAUUUCGAGUUGAGGAGUUAGAACGCAAAUAUCAACAAGAAUUAAAGGAAUUAGAGGAGCGUUUAUCAUGUGAGGAUAGUGUAUAUAUAAAGGAAGUGGAUGUAUCUAUGUCAACUCAAGAAACAUGUGAAAUAAAUGUGGAUACGGGGUAAAAAUGAGUCGGAUGUAUGUGAUAGGAAGUAGUGUGGGGGGUAUAAUGGGAUGAAAUGGGAUAAGAAUGUUUAAUUUUUGGCAUUUUUAUUUAUUUAACAAGAAUUCAUAUUUUUGUCAAAAAAAAAGAAUUUUAAAGGAA